UAUUCAAGUUGCGUUCAAUUGUAUUCGAAUUGUCGAUCGCUCAGACGUCGGCCUCUGAAAUUACGCUGGCGUCGGCCCUAAUUUUAUUCACCUUGUCAAUUAACUGAAUCACGAUCAAUCCAGUGAUGUUAGCGAUAAAGGAAAACUCCUGCAUUUUCAUACUCCUGGUGAUAUUUGCUAGUUUCAACGCAAAAGGUAGGUUAGAUUGAUCAAAACAAAUACUCAAUUUAGUGAAUGUACUUGGACUGCAGUAGUAGUCAAAGAGUCUUACAACUUUAAUAUGCGCUGUGAGUUUCACGACUGUUCAGUUGUUUUAUUUUACUACAAGGCCAAAUUUGCAAACGGACAGCACAAAUUUUGAGGGAGCGUCAGUAAAGAUUUUAAGGAUUUGAGGUUCCUCAAGAGAGAGCCGACUCGCAUUUAAAACAAUCUGUUUCGUUUCAUGUAACUUGUCUGGAAUUUUCUCGAAAGCUUAUUCGCGUCAUAAAUGCUAUAGAAACUUGAAACAAACAAAGACGACGCAAAAAAAACUGAACCCCGCAUACACAUGUCAAUUUUUUCUACCUCAAAAACGAACGAAGACUUAAAUCAGAAACUUAAGUCACUCGCAUUACAAUUAUGCAUCAUAAAUUUUUGUAGCUGCGUAGAUCUUGGACUCGAGUAAAUCGAGACAUUUAAAGCUGAACCAAAAAUACAAAACAUAGUGCGGCAUUUCUAUUGCUAUUGCGUCAUGAAGUUUGUAGAAUUGUAUCAAAUAACUCGAAAUUGCGGUAAUCUUAUUGAUAGCUUUUCGUAACCAUAACAGAAUCAACUAUGGUCAGUCAACUCAAUAAUUUAGUCUAGUAUGCAUAUAUGUUGAGAUUUAAACGAUGUCAAAAAGUCUAAAAAAUUCAUGCAAAUUGGGUCCCAAGCCAAUUAAAGUGGCUCUGAUACAUUGGCUACAAAUUUUUCAUCUUUGUGAAAAGUUCAUUUUGUUACAUACAAAACUAUUUCAUAAAAAAAGGUCAUAGUUGUAUUAGACAAAUAUAUGUUGUGGUUCUAUUUUAUCCUUGGUUUAAUUUUCAUUUCCCAUUGUUUCAAAAUCACACAAGCAUUACCAUACGCCAAAACAAGGAAAAUAAAAUUUAAAUCAAGGAUAAAGUUGAACCACAACAUAUAUGACUGGGAAUUCCAUUGCGGUGUUAUUGUAGAAUCAGCUAAAAAGCGUCGAUCCUCGUCAUCGGCGUACGGGAAAAAUUUUGUUGGGGGGGGCUGAACAUAAUUUGCCCGAAUGAAACUUGUUGGUCACGGAUGCACAAGAUGAUUCUUUCGUGACGUCAUUGUCACUGCAUUGUCUUGUUUGCAUACUUUCUUUCAAUGUUAAUAACGGCGAUACUGCUAAGUCGGUCUUGUCCCAUUGUGGAUCUUAAAAAUGUCUUGAUGCGGCGAAGGGCGCUGAAAGACCUUUCAGCAGAGCACGAACUUUAUAUAGAACAGGUAAAAUGUCAUGGAGACCAUUUUGAUGCAUGGUCUUUACCAUGACGGCUGCGUUUUUUCUCUGGCAUGGGUCCCCGCAGUCGUAGUUUUCAAAGAUUUACUUCUCACUUGAUAGCAUUUCACUAUCCACGCCAUAGAAAUUUGAUACAGUUUGGAUGUUGUUGAUGCUUGGAGAACGGCUGAAAACGAUUUCGCCCAAUGCGCACAAAACCUCCUGCUCAUUGCCCUCAAACCUUAAUUGAAGUUCACUGACAACUUUGUCAUUACAUGUGUAAUAAACUGUGAUACGAAAGUGGUCUUUUGCCGUCUGUUGUGAGCUGUCGUUCGCUGCAGCAGGUGUCUCACCUUACUGUGUCUUUGCCCGAACGGUACAUCAGUUUUGCCCGAAUAAUACUAUUCUUUUUCCGACAGGGGGGGCUGCAGCCCCCCCCGCCCCGUACGCUGAUGAUCCUCGUAACGUCCCUUGAGAGCGAUAAAAAAAUUUUUAAAAUCACUUGAUUAACCUUGUUUAAGACCUCUUCUUUAUUAACUAAAAAGCACACUCUUUAAAGUAGUUCGCUAUAGGUUUCGUUAUAUCGAGGUUCUUUAAUGUCCAUGUAUUGUACUAUUAGUUGGGUUAAAAAAUAGUUCGUCAUAUCGAGGACUUUUUUAUAUGGAGGUUCUAAAUUUGGUUGGGAAAAUGAUUUCAAGUAACUGGCAAAAUUUAGAAGGAUUUCUUAGUGGAGUCAUUUGAGGGCGACUGCUAAGGCAAUACUCAGGCACGAAUGACCGAUUUCCUAGACGAUCUCCGGAAGUGCAACCUUCUUGGAGGGGUACGGGAGCAUGCUCCCCCGGGGAUCUUUUUUUAGAUUUCAAUUCCCCAAAGUCCCCUUUCCUUAAUUUCUGAGUCAUUCAGACAAGAUAUUUAUUGACUGUCCAAACUAUUUUCCAGAUUUCAACUUUGAAAGUUUUGAGUUUUACUAAAAAUAUAUAUAUGAAAAAUCUGACCGAUUUCCGUAAAACGGAGGAAAACGGUAUAGAUCCGCGCCUGAUCCUCAUAUCUAAAACAGGACACCAAAAAAUUCCUUUCACCCUUAAAGAAUUAGAAUUCAAAAAAUUUCAUCAUGGAUACUUCUAAUCAAUGCUUCUUGGGAAGUGCCAAAGAAGCCUCAUUUUUGGUUAACCCAUCGCAUGCCUCAUUUCUUUUGCCAAAAACCUCCACAUAUUCCCCUUGAACCUACUAUUAAACCAAAAAGUAGUCUACUGUGUUUGUUGAAUUAUCACGGUAUGUGAGAAAUUCUUCUAUUAAUUUCCGCUCUGGUGCGCUGUUUAUCCAACUCUAAAAUUGUAUUUUAUUUCUACUAGUUUGUGCUGAAGAUACGUGUAAGGACUCUUUAAUAUGUGGGGACCGAAUUAUCGAAAUACGUAAGUACUCUUUGUAUUAUUGUGUUUUAUUUAGGUUCUUUGUACACAAAUCUCUGAGAUCAUUGCAGAAAACUUUUUUUGCGGUCAAUCAAACAAUUUUGGGACAAUCAAAUCAUUAGUGUUGGUUUGAUCUGGUACCAGAAUAAUAGCCUGUACAAUUUCAUUAAAUUGCAAGAAGGCGGCGGAAUUUUCAGCCAGCUUAUUGCCGGGGAGAUAAAUAAGGCUUUAUGUUCACGCUUAUGGAAGAUCCGCCACGCCGAUCACUGAUGAGCGGUGUCACCCCCUUUAAGCCACAUGUUUUGUUGUCAUGUUCUUAUUAUAAUUUAAUUCAAAGCUCAGUGACAUUAACCAGUGAUCAAAUCAGUAAUUGUGUGAUUUGGUACCAGUUUUUGACCUUGGUUAUUGAGUACUUUAUACAGCUUUGCCAAGGGUUUGUUACUGGCACUAUUUUGAUUGUUAUCGUCAUUGUCAUGAUGCACAGAUACGCAAAAAAAACUACACAGAUCGAGAGAAAAUGCUGGUGAGUGAACGAUUAUCGCAGUGAAGAAGAAAGAACACACAGGUGUAGCGUGAAAGUAUUCUUUAUUUUCAGCCACUUCGUAGACUCACUGCCAAUAGGAUGUUACUAAAACGGGGAACGGGGAGCACAGAACGAGAAAGGGAAACGGGAAAUGAAAAAUGGCAACAAAGAAGAGAAUUGGAAAUGAAUAUACUGCCAGCUAGUCAGCUUUUGUUCCCAUCUUUCAUUUUCCCAUUUCCUAUGCUUGUUCCCCGCUUCCGGUUCCCCAUUAUAGCAACAUCCUUUAAAGUUAACUUCUUAACUGAUAAUUAAACUAUAAGCUAAUAAAAAAAACAAUAGAAGGAGUAAAGAUAUUGUCUUUUUUUUUUCAGUUUUUAUUACCGCGCUCCUCGCCGUUUGUGUUAUGUUCCUUAUCCAAAGCAUUAUUAUCGCUUGUUUGAGUUACAAACUCAAAAAAUUCCAAGAAAGGUAAGACUUUGGAUGGUGAAGAUGGUUAAGAAGCCCUUUAAUUUGUUUUGUGUGUUUGUUAGCUUUUUGAGACUUGGCCUCGCCUGCGUAACAGGCGCUUGCAAGUAAUAUGGGCACAAGAAAGAACAGCGCGCACGAUGGGACAAGCGAGGGGGGAGGGACUAUCUCGCGCCCCGUUCUCUCUCGCACCCAUACGAAGGAUGGCCUUGACCGUACACAGAUCGGAGUGUAAUAGCAUUCCCAUAAUUUAACCUUCUGACCAACAGAAACGUCUCCUGCAUUUAUUUAUUGGCAACUGGGACUCAUCGGAUAGCGCCAUGGUCCGGGAGCCACCAACAUUACUUUGGAUAGUCGGUGGAAUCACAAUCGCAAAAGAAUCUGGGUGGGGUAGAAUUAGGGCUGAGAAUUCGGGACAUUAUUAAGAUAAUUCUUUGAUACGUUUGAAAGCAAAUACUUAGCCACUGGCACUCGAGGAAACACUUUUUACUGGCUAACAGUCAGAACAAGUCAGAGUAGGAUCAAUUUUGUAAAAACUUGGCGUCAUCUAUAAUGGUGAUAAUGGCAUCCGUUGUAGCAUUCUCUUCCCACAAAGUUCUCACAUUGCGUGACUUUUUGAUACGAGAAAAUUAAAAAUGUUUCUGAAAAGAAAUGUAUCAAAUGAAAUGACAGUCUGCAUAACAGGCGUUUUAUUUAUUUAUUUAUUUAUAAAUUUUUUGCAGGCUAAUAGAAUGUAUAUGGUCUUAAAAUGUGAAAUUGCUUUUAUUUUCAGGGUAGAAUCAAUGAAUUCACCCAUUGGAUCGUACAAAAACCAUGCGUUUAAUCCAUACGUCUCCAUGAACGAGUCAGGGAUCAGUGAGAUAGAAGACAUAACAUAUAUGCCGGUAAUCAAAACUUUAGUCGAAAAGAAUUUUAAAACGCACAGCAAAUGCUAUGUGAAUUUCUUGACUUUUUCUCUCUCCUGGAGCCUUUAUGAUAUAUUUCUAUGCCAGUCUGUUGUUUCUGUUUUUCAAAAUACCAAAAAAAAGUUUCUCAUAAUUCGAAAAAAGUGUAAUUUCUUGAAAAUAAAGAACUGGGAAGACUUUAAUAUUAGGUAUUGGUGCCAUUUUAUGCCAGACAGUCUGAAAGCCGGAACUGUAGGCUAUUUUUUGUUUUCAUAUUUUAAUCAAUUUUUUAUUUCUUAUCUUCUGACACGACCUAGCAAGACUGCGAGACCGUAGCGUAUUUCAUGGCCUGCAUGCACGACUACAAACCCUUAGAACUGGUCAGAGGAAACAUGCACUGUUAUUACCCCAGUGUUCGCUACACUCAUCCGCGUGUAACUUGGAAAUUAUUUUAAUCACUCCCCACCCUAACAUUUUAAUGAUAAAACGUAGGAGAUUAGAUGACCGAAUCUCCUGAGACGAAACAGGGUUAGAUUAGGUGGUAGAGCGAUGAACUACUGAGUGCUGCCGAGUGGGAUAUCGUGGCCUUGAUCCCUGGGACCGGAUUGAUACGCAUAACUGACUUCACCCUGCAACCGGUUAGACCUUCAUGCUGCUCGUAUGACCACGCAGAAAAAUGGUAGCAGGACUAGUUUAGUCGGUAAAGCCCUUGACUGCAGAGCGCGAGGUCUCGGAAUCGAUCCCCGGGACGAGGGUCCUCGAUAGGUUUUUCGGAAUACGGGAUUUUAAAGCGAAACGGGGCGCGAUUCGGGAUUGAAAGUAUGGGUACGAGUUAGAAUGCCCGAAAGAACCCUCGGGAUUACGAGAUUUCAAGAAGUUUUGGUUCGGGAUUGUGGGACCAAUACUAAGGGAGACUCGUUACUGCCAGCACCCCGCAAACGGCUAGAUCUUUACUUACCUUGGAUGGCCACCAAAAAUUGGCGGCCCUGUCUCCAGGAAUGUCCUCAAUUAGUAACUUCGUGCUAAAUGCAUUGACAUUGAGACGCGUUUUUAUGGCGUAGAGGGGAGAAAAACUGUCCUUGAUAAGCACUUUCGUGCUAAGUACAUUGACAAUUGAAUAAAGUACUUUCGGAAGUAUUUUGCAGUAACUGUAUAUGAACUGUUAACUAGGAUUUAAUAGGCACCAGAAAGAACGGGCGCGCGUGAGGUGUCUCCCUUGUGCGUCCCGUUCUUUCUGGCGCCCAUUUAAUUAUUCCAAGCGCCUGCUACGCAGGCUAACUGUUAGCACACCAAAUUCGUGAGCAUGAGCUAUUUCAGUCCAAGUGCUAACUACAGUAACUAAACACAUCCACCAAGACACUGAAUCUCUGUGUUUCUUCUUUGCCAGCAAACUCGUACGCGUCGUUUUACUGCAAGUUUUCCCACUGAUAAUAACAACGCCAACCAAGUUCCAAACGAGAGUACAAACCGAACUGAAUUUACCAUUGUGGAUGCAAAUGACAGGCAAAAGCAGAUCUGGUGAGUGAAACGGAUAAACCAUGAAUAUUACACCCCAGGAACAGAAAAAGUUUCCAUUGAGCUUACGGGGGGUAACCACCUGGCGCUCGAUUAUCUUUAGCUCCUCAGGUAAUUGAACGGUAGCCUGGGAACGGCCUCACUUGUACGAGUUCGGGUAAAUUUUGUGGGUGGGGCCGCGCGCCAUUCUUGUCGCGCGCUGACGGCUCCGCCCUCAAGGUUUUUCCCGACCUCGCAAAAGUGAGCAUUCUUGCAGGCUACCGUUCAAUCACUCAGGUUUAGAAUGCAAAACGCAAGCUUCACUUAAAAGCCAAAGUAAACGUAUUGAGUUGAAUAUAAUUAUCAAGUUGCGACUUAACUUUUCAGACUAGUUCGUUUUAGUGACUUCGGCAAUAAACAUCGUGGCAGAGGGCAUGUUUUAAAUGUGCUGGCACGAUUUACUUCCUAAGUUCCCAUCCCCCUCCUCUAAGAUGCCUAACACGUGUGCGAUUUUCAAAUGAACAGUUUUUGACUUAAUGUGAACUAAAUGGUUGACAAAAAAAAUUCUAUGUACGUGCUUACUUCUUUUUUUUUUAUUCGCGGUAGAUUUGAUUUUUUUUCUUUUGGUUGAAUUGGAAACCGACACAAAAAUCUCACACUGCUAUAUAUUGACAAUUACAACUUACACUCAGAACGAUUAUUACUGACACCAGAAUUAUCACCUUAUCUUACAGGGGCUUGUAUUGAUCUCAAAGAACUGAUGUCCAAGAUGUGCAGGGGAAUACCCUAAUUUGUUACUCUUUCAUCUGAAAGAAUUACAGCUGAAAGCUGUAUAACUUCCCAAGCAACGUUUUAUUUGUUGUGGUUGCUUAAACUGUAGAGACUUGUAUCACAUUGUGUUCCUAAGGAGAGUUCUAACCAUGCAUUUACACAUUACUGUCCGUUAAAUUUGACUUUUGGGGAGUAAAAUACGUUAUAAAGUAUAUACAAACCAGUUGGAUGAAGAGACAAAGAAGAGUAGAAAUACAGCAUCUUCUUAAACGACAGCCUAUAUAUUUUCGGAAGCUUCUGACUUAAAACAUUCGAUUCUCCAACCAGAACUUACAGUUCUACCAUGUAAGGGUACUGUACCCUCAUGUUGCGAAAACUGUGUUUGAUUAGGUAUUGUACUGUGGUAUGGCUACUGUUUAGAGACAAGAGAGGAUAAAGCGUAUAAGUGACUAAGUAUUUUAAUCUUUUAUUUUACGUCAUUCAGUGAUCACCAUAUCCGUCCAGCGGGGCGCGAGUCGGUUGUCGACGUUGUGGUUUAGUACCUUUUAGUUGUUGAAAAUUAUGGGUUGGUACCAUUUAGACUGCAUACAUUUAAGAGACCCCAUUAAGAGCUAUCACGGGGCCUUCAAGAAUGUCAACUCAAAUGAAUUUUUGGUACCUCUCAGGGAUAAUACCCAAGAAAUGGGAUUCCUUCCAUAAAUUUUAAAUGCAAGCUUUCACUAUGAAUUUUUGUUUCUACCUAUAGUCCGAUAAGCCUUUUUACAGAUGUGCCCUUAGUGCGUUGGCCUUUAAAUCUUGCUUUGUUACAAACCUUCCUUUUCACGCAUGUGCAAAUCGUGUUAUUCUCAUGUCAACAAGUCUGUGGUCUAAUCGUUUACAUAUCAAACCAGGAAGGUUUGACCAAGAGGUUUUGAAGGCUGUUCUAGGUGCACAACAUUAAAAUGGCUUAUUACAUUUUCCUUAUAAUUUCUUAUUAAGCUGAUAAUGAGCGAUUGAAAAUCUUAGUAGAUAAUAACAGAUGAAGAACCAUGCAUUCGAUACAAAGUACGCUGUGAAUAAAUCAUUGUUAUCG